AUGGAGUCGGAGGCCAAGGACGGGGACGAAGAAAACCUUCAGAGCGCAUUUAAAAAACUGCGUGUAGAUGGAGAAGGGUGCACAGCAUCUCUGUCUGCUGCUGAUGGCUGCCCUUCAAGGACGUGUGGAAGGCCUUCUUUGGAAGACACCAAGCCAAAAGUCUCUGGUUGCCUGAAGGAUAGCUGGCACGGAUCAACAAGAAAGACUAUACGAGGCGCAACCAGAACACCUCGCAGACGACGCUCUAAAUCCCCAGUCCUCCACCCCCCAAAGUUUACACACUGCAGCUCAAAGACACCUUGCAGCACUCAGCUAAAGCACAAGACCCUCUGUGAUGCUUCAGAUGGAGGCUCUGCCAUUGGUCGCUCAGCCACCAGUGAUCCACCAAGCACUACUCUUAAUGCAAAUGGCUACAGGAAAUUUGGCCUUGAGCCUUCUGAUCAGUCUUCAUCAGAGACUUCCUCCCAGCUACCCAUUUCCCUGGAUCCUGGGACAAGUUCCAAGGCCGGCUUCCUUUCAGAUUUCCACUCUGUGUCGAAGCUCGGCACUGCUACAAAAAUGUACUUGCAACGGUAGGGAUUGCCAGUGUGACAACUGGCAAAACAUGGAAGUGUAUUCCUUCUCGGGCUUGCGAGACAUGCUAACAGAGUGCGAGAAGACCGUGAAGGAGGACUGCUCUCAGCCUUUACAAAACAGAACUCAUGUUGGUGGCUCCAAUGCCUCCGGCUCCCCUCGCUCCUGCUCAGAGCAGGCCCGAGCCUCGGUCGAUGAUGUCACCAUUGAAGAUCUGGCUGGGUACAUGGAAUACUACUUGUAUAUUCCAAAGAAAAUGUCCCACAUGGCAGAAAUGAUGUACACCUGA